AUGAUGUCCUCAAAAUUCCGUACCGAAGACGCGUGGAUCAUCGGUCAACGAAUGGCCGCCCGUCUCGACCACGAGGCGUUUCCCCUUCACAAAGCCGCCUUCUUCAACGACACCCAUUCGAUAGUGCAACUAUUACGUGUGGGGCGGAGCCUAUCCGAGAAGGAUAUGCAUGGAAAUACGGCGUUACAUAUUGCGACAAUGUUGGGACAUCGGGAGGCGAUUGCGAUUCUUCUGGCGAAUAAUGCGCCUGUUCGAAUCAAGAAUAUCGAUGGAUGGAAUCCGUUGAUGGAGUCUGUUAGCUAUGGAGAUCGACAGAUUAUAACCGAAAUGCUGCGAAAGCUGAAAACCCAAACGAACGAAAAACUCGCUCGCGGCAAGCCACACCUCCUCAAAAUGUUCCAAGACCUCGGCGACUUUUACAUGGAAUUCAAAUGGGACUUCCAGUCAUGGAUACCCCUCCUCUCGCGGAUUCUCCCGUCCGACGUGUGUCUCAUUUACAAAAAGGGCAACCUGCUGAGAAUGGACACCACGCUGGCGGAUUUCAGCGAACGGAAUUGGGAACGCGGCGACAUCACUUUCCUAUUCAACGUGGACGCGGCGCCAGGCGAACAGCUCGUCGUCAUGGACAACAAGACGAAAGUGUUUCAACGUGGACGACGUGAGGAAUCUGAAGCCGAGAUUGACGAAGAAGUGGACGUGCUGAUGUCCACAGACAUUGUCAACGCUCACAUGUCCACAAAAACCGUCGGAUUUAAGCAAGCGUACUCGGGAUGGGUGUUUAAACACGCCAGGGAGGAGCAAAUGGGCGAUUUUCCCGUGAAUUUUUAUAGUGUUGAGGGGUUGAAACUGACGACACGGAAGCGGAGAGAACAUCUGACGAGUGACGACGUCAAGAAGAAUAAAUCGAUUUUGAGCAGUUUGACGAGUGGACACACGGUUAAUGAUGAUGAGUUUGUGAGUCUCCAACACCGAAAGUCCCUUCCACCACCGGGCCGCCUACCGACCACAUGGGAAGAGUAUUCCGGUGCGGCACCCGGUGCCCCACCACAAAUGGGACGUCCACAAAUUGUGAAAACGAAUGAGAAACAAUUCAAAGCGCUCGUCGGAAUGUCGGAAGAGUUUCCACUAUCAGUGGAUGUGCUCGUCGAUUUGUUGGAAGUCGUCGCCCCGUUCAAACAUUUGGAUAAAUUGAGACGAUUCUGCUCGGCUAGGUUGCCACCAGGCUUCCCGGUUUGUGUUGAAAUCCCUCUUCUCGCCACGAUCGCCGCCAAAGUCACUUUCCAAAAAUUCCAAUUCACCAACGACAUUCACGACAAACUGUUCACAAUACCGACGUCGUAUAGAGAAGAUCCGACACGUUUCCCCGAUUUGUGA